UGCCCGCAGGACCCCGGCGGCUGCCCAUGCCGAGGUGAGUCCGCGGGAGCCGCGGCCGCCGUCCCGUCGUCUCGUCCCGUCCCGUCCCGUCCCCGCCGCCGCCCCGCGCGGACCCGCCGCUGGCCAGGAUGCUGGAGGAAGCGGGCGAGGUGCUGGAGAACAUGCUGAAGGCGUCGUGCCUGCCGCUCGGCUUCAUCGUCUUCUUGCCCGCGGUGCUGCUGCUCGUGGCGCCGCCGCUGCCCGCCGCCGACGCCGCGCACGAGUUCACGGUGUACCGCAUGCAGCAGUACGACCUGCAGGGCCAGCCCUACGGCACCCGGAACGCGGUGCUCAACACAGAGGCACGCACAAUGGACGCGGACGUGCUGAGCCGGCGCUGCGUGCUCAUGCGGCUGGCGGACUUCUCCUACGAGCAGUACCAGAAGGCCCUGCGGCAGUCGGCAGGGGCCGUGGUCAUCAUCCUGCCGCGGGCCAUGGCCGCUGUUCCCCAGGACGUCGUGCGGCAAUUCAUGGAGAUCGAGCCUGAGAUGCUGGCCAUGGAGACCAUCGUCCCCGUGUACUUUGCCGUGGAGGAUGAGGCCCUGCUGUCCAUCUACGAGCAGACCCAGGCCGCCUCCGCCUCCCAGGGCUCUGCCUCUGCCGCCGAAGUGCUGCUCCACACGGCCACUGCCAAUGGCUUCCAGAUGGUCACCAGUGGGGUCCAGAGCAAGGCCGUGAGCGACUGGCUCAUCACUAGCGUGGAGGGGCGGCUGACGGGGCUGGGAGGAGAGGACCUGCCCACCAUCGUCAUCGUGGCUCACUACGACGCCUUCGGGGUGGCCCCUUGGCUGUCGCUGGGCGCGGACUCCAACGGGAGUGGCGUCUCGGUGCUGCUGGAGCUGGCCCGGCUCUUCUCCAGACUCUACACCUACAAGCGCACCCAUGCGGCGUACAACCUCCUGUUCUUUGCUUCUGGAGGAGGCAAGUUUAACUACCAGGGCACCAAGCGCUGGCUGGAGGACAACCUGGACCACACAGACUCCAGCCUGCUCCAGGACAACGUGGCCUUCGUCCUGUGCCUGGACACCGUGGGCCGGGGCAGCAGCCUGCACCUGCACGUGUCCAGGCCGCCCCGGGAGGGGACCCUGCAGCAUGCCUUCCUGCGGGAGCUGGAAACGGUAGCCGCCCACCAGUUCCCCGAGGUGCGGUUCUCCAUGGUGCACAAGAAGAUCAACCUGGCUGACGACGUGCUGGCCUGGGAGCACGAGCGCUUUGCCAUCCGCCGGCUGCCCGCCUUCACCCUGUCCCACCUGGAGAGCCACCGUGACGGCCAGCGCAGCAGCAUCAUGGACGUGCGGUCCCGGGUGGACUCGAAGACCCUGACACGAAACACGAGGAUCAUCGCGGAGGCCCUGACGCGGGUCAUAUACAACCUGACAGAGAAGGGCACCCCGCCAGACAUGCCCGUGUUCACCGAGCAGAUGCAGGUCCAGCAGGAGCAGCUGGACUCGGUGAUGGACUGGCUCACCAACCAGCCGCGGGCCGCACAGCUGCUGGACAAGGACGGCACCUUCCUGAGCACGCUGGAGCACUUCCUGAGCCGCUACCUGAAGGACGUGCGGCAGCACCACGUGAAGGCCGACAAGCGGGACCCCGAGUUCGUCUUCUAUGACCAGCUGAAGCAGGUGAUGAACGCCUACAGGGUCAAGCCGGCUAUCUUCGACCUGCUCCUGGCCGUCUGCAUCGGCGCCUACCUCGGGAUGGCCUACACGGCAGUCCAGCACUUUGACCUCCUCUACAAGACCGUGCAGAGGCUACUGGUAAAGGCCAAGACACCGUGACCCAGCCACCCACCCGCGCCCACCACGCAGGAAGGACAGCACCCCUGGCCGUUGACACUGAAUUACAGUUUCCGAGCCGCUCUCCAGGCCUGGGGCGUCUUUCUUUCUCUUUGCCGUGGACUCCCCCGGAGGAGGGCGCGGAGCCGGCUGGGGCCAGGCCUCGGAUGCGGGAGCCAGCGUGGACGAGCCCCAGCCCGGGGCCUGCCCAGCACACGCACCUUACGGAGGAAGCCCAGCUGCAGAGCUGGGGUCAGGCCCGAUCCUGACCUUGGCAGCUGGCUGUCCUGGACGCCCCUGGACGCCCGGGUCUCCUCUCCACCCUGCUGCUGACCUGGGUGUGGUGACACUUCUCCCUCCUCCUACUUGCUGGCUGCAGCCUCUAGGUCUCAGGAUUUGGCCAUUUGUGGCCUCCCCUGCCCACCGCUCCACGACACCCCCUGGCCACCAGGUGGACAGAGCAAGCAGAUGGGGCUGGUGCUGAGCCCGCCCCCAGGUGGCCACUCCCGCCACGCCGGCGGGUCACUAGCUGGUUGCUGCCCCUCUGCCUGCUGGCCCUGAGCCGAGUCUCCACACCCUGCAGCUCCAGGCCCGGCUCCCUGCUGCGCCCUGGGCCCUGCCCUGCACCCCCAGCCAGUCCCUAGCGCUUCCUGUUCCCACAUGCCCCACGGCUCCCGCAGGCCGCCUGUCCCUUGAGCUCACCCGCCCCGGGCUCCUCACGCCUCUGUCCAUCUGGGAAAGAGACAGUGUGGGGAGCCGCCCUCUGUCCCAGGAGGGAGGUCUGGAGAGGGGUUGUGCCCUGGGCCACUCCUGGGACCCUGACCCGGAGGAACUGUGCAGGGCAGUGCCCUCAGGGAGGCCCGCCUGCCCCUUCCUUAGCAAUACGACCAGUGUGUUCUCCCAGGGCAUCGGCUGCAGAGACCUGGCCGGUCAGGCUCCAGGGGCGUCGUGGUUCGGGGCUGGCCCACCACAGCUGUCCGGCCCACCUGGCUCGCUGGGUUCCAGCAGUUGGUUUUGUAGCCGUGCUUCUGUCCCAGACAGCCGCUGGCAGCCCCCUCCAGACCCUGUCUGGAAGGACAAGGCCACCUUCCAUCGCCUGCCCAGUCAGGAGCCCAAGGCCAGCACAGGAGACUGCCCCAGCCCAGGCUACUCUGGCACACGUGCGCUGGUGUCCACUUGCUGGCCCAAGGCAGUGCCUCCUGUCCCGUGAAAGGGCUUGGGACCUGCUGCCCACUCCUCUGGGUGUCUGCUGCCCUGCAGGCAUCUGGGCCACCUCCUGCCUGCCUCCUGGGGAGGUGACCCACUGACCACCCGGGGCUCGGUGGUGGGAUGCAAUAGCCCCGGGUGGGAAAUAAAGCCAUAUUGAAUGAA